AUGACACCUUUUAGUUAUCGUGUGCCAACUGGUACAAGCGCUGGUUGUGUUGGUGCUUGCGGUAGCGGUGGUAGCUAUGCCGGACCACCAUUACCAGCACCAUUGGGCAUUGGAGCAGGUGGAGCUUAUAGGCAGCAACCAAUCGCCUAUGUUAGCAGUGGAAGCAGGACUGUUUAUGGUACUUUGAAGUUUUCUUCGUUCCUGAAAUAG